AUGUGGGACGAGUACCGCUGGAUCGUCGUUGUCGGCUCCUUCCUCGCCGUCUUCACGGCCUACGGCAUCGGCGCGAACGAUGUCGCCAACUCCUUCGGGUCGUCCGUCGGCUCCAAGGCCCUGACCAUCAAGCAGGCCGUCCUCAUCGCCGCCGUCUUCGAGUUCCUGGGUGCUUUCCUCCUCGGCUCGCACGUCACCGGCACCGUCCGCAAGUCGAUCGCCAAGAUCGAGGACUUCUAUGACAUCCCCGAGCUGUACAUGUACGGCAUGCUGUGCGUGAUCGCCGCGACGGGCCUGUGGCUCCUCCUCGCGACCUACUUUGAGCUCCCGGUGUCGACGACGCACUCGGCCGUCGGCGGCGUGGUCGGCUUCGCGCUCACGGCGCGCGGCGGCGACUCGGUGGUGUGGGCUGCGUCCGCGGACGAGUUCCCGUACUUCAAGGGCGUCGGCGCGAUCGUCUUCUCGUGGGCCUUCUCGCCCGUGUGCUCGGGCGGCGUGGCGGCGGUCUUCUUCUGGCUCGCGCGCUUCUUCGUGCUCAAGCACGAGAACAGCUACGAGCGCUCGUUCUGGGCGUUCCCGGUCAUGGUGUUCGUCGGCGUGUUCGUGAACGCCUUCUUCAUCAUCAACAAGGGCGCCAAGUCGAUCAAGGCCAUCAAGAACAUGACGACGGACACCGCGGCGUGGAUCUCCGUCGUCGUCGCCGUCGGCGCCUUCAUCUUCGCGGUCAUCCUCGCCAAGUUCUACCUCAAGAAGAUCGUCGAGCGCGACCUGCAGCGCAAGGAGGAGGCAGAAGCCGCGCGCAUCGCCAAGGAGAAGGAGCCCAAGACGGAGGAGCCGGAGGCGGCGCCGCUGUCGAAGAAGGAGUCGUUCUUCAAGUCGCUCUCGCGCGGGCUCAACGAGGACGUCCACGGCGUCAUCGAGGAGCAGGAGGACGUGAACGCCGUGCACGAGUUCACCGUGCAGUACGACCACAAGACGGAGGAGUCGUUCAAGUACCUCCAGGUGUUCACCGCGAUCUGCGACUCGUUCGCGCACGGCGCCAACGACGUGGCGAACUCCAUCGGGCCCUUCGCGGGCAUCUACCUGGUCUACAAGAUUGAGCGGCUCGAGUCGAAGACUGGCGCGAUCGAGGACGACAUGUACUGGAUCCUGGCGCUCGGCGGCAUCGGCAUCGUGCUCGGCCUCUCGACGUACGGCUACAUCAUCAUCCGCGCCAUCGGCGUGAAGAUGACCAAGAUCACGCCCUCGCGCGGGUUCGCGAUCGAGCUCGGGUCGGCCUUCAUCGUCGCGCUCGGGUCGCGCUACGGCAUCCCGCUGUCGACCACGCACUGCCAGGUCGGCGCGACGAUCGGCGUGGGCCUCCUCGAGGGCGUCAAGGGCGUCAACUGGAUGAUUCUCCCCAAGAUUAUCUUCGGCUGGGUCAUCACGCUGAUCGUCGCCGGCUUCACCACGUCGCUCUUCUUCGCGCAGGGCGCGUUCGCGCCGUCGAUCUACGGCGUGCGCGACGUCAACCACUACCGCAACUACAUCUCGUCGUACGCCAUCGACUUUGGCACGCGCGCGGAGACGCUGGUGACGACCACGGACGCGAACAACUGCGGCGCCACCUCGACGCAGGACGCCGACGGCAACACGACGUGGUCGUUCACCAACGCCGCGUGCCAGUCGAUCUACGACCAGGCCGUCGAGAUUGUGCGCCUCGGCAACCUCUACAUCCCCUCGAAGCAGACGCAGCGCCUGUCGCCCGACGACCCCGCGCGCCUGCUGUGCCGCAUCAACAACCUGGACGAGGCCAUCACGGCGCGCUACGCGAGCGCGAAGAUGGGCGAGUCCACGUACGGCACGGUGGCGGCCGAGCACACCGUGUUCGACACGGACAGCAACGCGGCGUUCUGCACUGCCGCGGGCCUGUGA